CCAUAUAGAUCUUCUCUGAGGAGGAAACAGACUCUCUGUAUGUCCACAGUGACCAUGGCGAGGACACGUUCCCUCUGUUUGGUGUUGAUUUAUCUCUGGGCUGCUUCUGCCGUCUGUAUGUCAGUUUUUUACAGCAGCCCGAAAGCACACAUGCUCCUGCGCUCCAGAAGGGCAAACAGCAUUUUAGAGGAAUUCAAGCCUGGAUCUGUGGAGCGAGAGUGUGUAGAGGAGCAGUGUGACUUCGAGGAAGUUAGAGAGAUCUUCCAAAACAGAGAGGCCGCACUACAGUUCUGGACAGUGUAUGUAGAUGGGGACCAGUGCAUCCCAAAUCCCUGCAAGAACGGAGUUUGUGUGGAUCAGUACCAGAGCUACGUUUGCUCCUGCAACCCUGGUUUUGAAGGGAAAAACUGUCAUCUGGUUGUCACACACACAAACUGUUCGGUGGACAACGGAGGCUGUGAUCAUGACUGCCACGAAAGGGAAAACAACAUAGGACGUUACUGCAGCUGUAUUAAUGGAUACAAACUCCAUGAAGACGUCAAACAGUGUGUUCCAAAAAAUCAGCGGUCUUGUGGGCAAAUUUUGACUUCUAAGCCAUCCUACAGAAUAAAGCCCUUUCAAGGUCUACUACCUUGGAUCACUGGCGGUGAAGUUGGCAGAAAGGGAGAGAGUCCUUGGCAGGCUCUUCUGUUAAAUGCAGGAGGAGAAUUUCACUGUGGUGGUGUCUUGCUUGAUGAAGUGUGGGUUCUCACUACUGCUCACUGUACUGAAGGAUACAGCCGCUUCAGUGUCAGACUGGGUGACUACAAACGUUUCAGUAUCGAAGGAACAGAGGUCACUCUUCCUGUGGUCAAAAUUGUUGCCCAUCCAAAAUUCGAUAGAGAAACGCUGGACAAUGACAUCGCUCUGCUGCGUUUGGAGUCACCUAUAGCAUUCAGCACGUACAUUGUCCCUGCCUGCCUGCCGAGUCAAGACCUGGCUGAACGUGUGCUCCAUGCCAAUGGCACCAUGACGGUGGUGACAGGCUGGGGCAGAAAAAAUGAAGAGACAAUUCCAUACAGCUCAGAUCUCAGAUACAUCAGUGUACCACUGGUGGAGUACUCUGAGUGCGUGAAUUACAUGGUCAACAACCUGACACAGAACUUCCUGUGCGCCGGCAGCAUCGGGAGCGUCAAGGAUGCAUGCAAAGGAGACAGCGGCGGCCCCAUGAUGACGUUAUACCGCAACACAUGGUUCCUCAUCGGCCUUGUAUCCUGGGGUGAGGGCUGUGGCCGCAAGGACAAAUUGGGUAUCUAUACCAAAGUCUCUAGUUAUCUGAAUUGGAUUGAUAGCGUGAAAAAAUCAGCAGUGAUCUAA